GCUGGGCGGGUACCGGGCGAGGCAUAACAGCUAAGGCAUGAAGAGGACCGAGCCGCGGCCGGUUCCCCCGACACGGCGCUGCAGCGCUGGGGUCGUGCAGGAGAAGCUCUUUUGGGGUCAGAGGGAGCGGAAACGGGGCGGAGUGCCUGGGCAGCGGCUGGCGACUGCUGCGGCUGCUGCCUUUGCCCUCUCCUCGCUGGCUCCCACCGCUUUGGAUCCCAGCUCAGCUGUCAAAAUGGACCUUGACAUCCAGUGUGAAGAGAUGAGCCCAACCAGAUGGGCUGAACUUCUGUCCACCAUGAAAUCCUGCAAAUCCAUCAGGCUGGAUGACUGCAAUCUCUCCAGCAGUAACUGCAAGGAUCUCUCCUCCAUCAUCCACAUGAACCCCUCCCUGACAGAGCUGAAGCUGAACAACAACGAGCUGGGGGAUGCAGGCAUUGAGUACCUGUGUAAAGGGCUGCUGAUGCCAAGCUGCAGCCUGCAGAAGCUAUGGCUGCAGAACUGCAACCUGACCAGUGCCAGCUGCGAGACUCUGCGCUCCGUGCUCAGUGCCCAGCCCACCCUGACUGAGCUGCACGUGGGGGACAACAAGCUGGGCACUGCUGGGGUGAAGGUGCUGUGCCAGGGCAUCAUCAACCCCAACUGCAAGCUGCAGAAGCUGCAGCUGGAAUAUUGUGAGCUGACAGCAGACAUCGUGGAAGCUCUGAAUGCUGCUCUGCAGAGCAAACCCACCCUGAAGGAGCUGAGCCUGAGCAACAACACCCUGGGGGACACAGCUGUCAAACAGCUGUGCAGGGGACUGGUGGAGGCAAGCUGCAACCUUGAGUUACUACACCUGGAGAACUGUGGCAUCACCAGCGAGAGCUGCCGGGAGAUCAGUGCCGUCCUCAGCAGCAAGGCAGCCCUGGUGGACCUCUCGGUGGGGGAUAACAAGAUUGGAGACUCUGGGCUGGCCCUGCUGUGCCAGGGCUUGAUGCAUCCCAGCUGCAGAAUCCAGAAGCUGUGGUUGUGGGACUGCGACCUCACAAGCGCCAGCUGUAAAGACCUCUCCAGACUCCUCAGCAGCAAAGAGACCCUGGCAGAAAUCAGCCUGAUAGACAACAACCUGAGGGACUCAGGGAUGGAAAUGCUGUGCCAGGCACUGAAAGAUCCCCGCUGCAAGCUCCAGGAGCUAUGGGUCAGGGAGUGUGGGCUCACCACAGCUUGCUGCAAGGCCCUCAGCUCUGCCCUCAGCAUCAACAAGCACCUGAAGGUCCUGCACAUAGGCGAGAACAAGCUGGGAGAUGCAGGAGUGGAGCUGCUGCGCGAAGGGCUGCUGCACCCCAACUGCAGCAUCCAGUCCCUGUGGCUGGGGAACUGUGACCUGACAGCAGCCUGCUGUGCAACCUUGGCCACUCUGAUGGCCACCAAGCAGUGCCUGACCGAGCUGGACCUCAGCUACAACUCCCUGGAGGAUGAAGGUGUCAGGAAGCUCUGUGAAGCCCUGAGGAACCCCAGCUGCAACGUGCAGCAGCUAAUCCUGUAUGACAUUUACUGGAGCUCUGAAGUGGAUGAUGAACUGAAAGCCCUGGAAGAGUCCAAGCCUGAUGUGAAGAUCAUUUCCUGAGGGGUGACUGCCUGCAGAGCACCAUCAAAGAGAUGUCCUCACCUUCACCUGAACGUUUGUUUCCUCCCAUGUAAAAGCUAAUUAACUUAAUAGAGAAUUUGCUAGCACCAAAAAGGGUUGUGGAUCCCCUCGGGGAGGGUAGGGGGGUUGUCUAGGGGAGCUUGCUCAACCUUCUGUGCAUCUUGGGGUGUGCUGGCGCCCCCCCGAGGCUGCUGGAAGCGUUGGAGGUUGUCACGGCAGCGUUACUGUCCUGGACAUCCUCUAGCAGUGGGUCUCGACCCUUUAGGAUCUCCUUUAAUCCUUUAGGCAGGCUCGAAAGAGAGCUGCUGCCCAAAGGCAGGAGGAGAGCUGCCCACGAGGGGGUGCUCCUGCCAGGGCUCUGGGGCAGCCUCUCCAGCACAACCCAACCUUUAUUUCUUUCACCUGAAAGGGAGGCUCUCCCCUGCCUUCCCCUGGAAGAGCUCUCAGCAGAGCAGUGGUGGCCAAGGCAGCAGAGAGAGGAGCUGAGCAGGUGGGCAGCUGCCUGCCUUGCAGUGGGUGUCCCUGGGGAAGUGCUUUUCCUCCCAGCAAAAGCUGCAAUCUCUGCAGCCCCCCAGGAGGUUGAUGUCUUUGCUCUGGGCACAGUUGCUUCUGCAGGAGCUUCAUUAAAGUCUUUGCAAGUA